UCCUGAUAGGACACCUCUGGGACUUAGCAACAGGGAAAAACAAAGCCUCUGAUUGGGGAACCACCUAGUUAAAAGGCUCUGCCGGAGGUGAGGGGGCGCCACUCCAGCUGCCGCUCGCAGCAGGUUGCACUCGAGCGGAGGAGAUGGCGUCGCUUUCGACCCUAGCACGUUCUGGAAAGGUGCAGGCAAAUCCUAACGAGAAAAGGCUGACACUUCUAGACAUGUCUCUAGAUGACAUUAUAAUCCUUAAAAAUAUAGGACUCAUAAAAAAGAAAGAAGAUAGACAGAUCGAUGGAGGUUCAAGAUGGCGAUCAUACUCUCAUAAGUAUCACUUGCAUAGAGGAUACCCAAGAUUCAGAAACAACUUUGAGGACAGAAAUCAUAAUAAAAUAUACCAUGAGAUGUCUGGAUUCAGAUUCGGACAAAACCUUUUAAACAGGCUGCCUUCAACUGAGCAGGAGCAGUACAGUGACAACUAUAAUUUCCAUUUGAAGAGGAAUUACCAUCAAUCAGAAGGACAUCAAGACUACACAGAAGGAAACAGAAUUGGAAGAAACGAAUUAGAGGGAUCUAAAUACCAUUUAGAGCGACCUUAUGUCCCUGAGAGAUAUCAUAGCCAAUUAGAGAUAUAUUAUGGCAAUUCUGAGAGAUUUCACGACCAAUACCAGAGAUUCUAUGGCCAAUAUGAGAGAGCUUGUCAACUAGAUUGUUAUUAUGGCCAUUCAGAGAGGUUUUAUGGUCCAUUUGAGAGAUACCAUGGUCCAUUUGAGAAUUAUGACCGAUCAGAGAUAUAUGGCCAAUCUGAAAGAUACUAUGGCCAAUCAGAGAGAUUUUAUGGUCAACCAGAGAGAUUUUAUGAUCAGUCAGAGAGAUAUUACAGCCAGUCAGACAGAUUUUACGGAGACUAUCCUGGCCAAUCAGAGAGAGGUUACGGUUACUCAGGGAGAUUUCAUGGUCCCUCAGAGAGAUGGUAUGGUCCGUCAGGGAGAUUUCAUGGUCCCUCAGAGAGAUGGUAUGGUCCGUCAGGGAGAUUUCAUGGUCCAUCAGAGAGAUAUCAAAGAUACUCAUCAUUAGGAAGAUUCAGAAUGCUACGCAAAACCGAGUUCAAAUUUGACAGGUAUUUUGUGACAAACAGAAGGAAUGAUUACAUUCAGAGAAAGAUGCAGCAAAGGAAUAUGAACCGCAGGAUAGGACUGCAGAAAGAGUCCUACGGAAAGGGGUGCAACUCUAAUGAAAUGGAGCGCAACUCCCACAAAAGUGAGUGUCACUCCUGCAGAGGUAAGCGCCACUCUCAGGAAGGUGAGCGCCACUCCAGCAAGGGUGACCACCACUCCCACGAAGGCCACUCUCGUGAAGGUGACCGCCACUCCCAGGAAGGUGAGUGCCACUCCCACGAAGGUGAGCGCCAUUCCCGCAAAGGUGGCCGCCACUCCCACGAAAGUGACCACCACUCCCACGAAGGUGAGCGCCACUCCCGCAAAGGUGGCCGCCACUCCCACGAAGGUGAGCGCCACUCCCGAAAAGGUGGCCGCCACUCCCGUGAAGGUGAGCGCCACUCUCGCAAAGGUGACCGCCACUCCCGUGAAGGUGAGCGCCACUCCCACAAAGGUGAGCGCCACUCUCGUGAAGGUGAGCGCCACUCCCACAAAGGUGAGCGCCACUCCCAUGAAGGUGAGCGCCACUCCCGCAAAGGUGAGCGCCACUCCCGCAAAGGUGAGCGCCACUCUGAGGAAAAUGAGCACCACUCUGAAGUAGGUGGACAACACUCUGAUAAAAACAGGCAACACUCUGAUAAAAAUGAGCCUCACUCCGAGGCAAAUGAGCGCCACCCUGAGGAAAAUGAGCACCUCCCUGAGGAAAAUGAGCGCUAUCCUGAGGAAAAUGAGUACCAUCCUGAGGAAAAUGAGCGCCACCCUGAGGAAAAUGAGCGCCACCCUGAGGAAAAUGAGCGCCACCCUGAGGAAAAUGAGCACCAUCCUGAGGAAAAGGAUCAACACUCUGAGGAAAAGGAAAGCAAAUCUGACGAAUACAAUGCAGGAAAUGAAGGAUCUCAGAGACCUGGGAUUAAAGCUUUACUCCAGAAGACUGAAUGUAGUGGAACCAAGAAUUCUCUGCACCCGCCCAAAAGAGUACACUUCAAAUUCGAGUUUCAAGCACUAGGUAAUCAGACUAAGCUGUCACUCAAUGAGAGAUUCUCUAGUCUGAGAGCUCAGAAGAAACAAGAAUCAUUAAACUAAUGAUGACCAAAAUGUCCUUCCUCCUAAAGAUCUGUUAACACGAAGAUUGCAGUGAAUUAUGUUGAAGAGUGUAUACGAUACUCUCAAUACUUAACUUCUUGUUAUCCUUGUUAAAGUAUUUUCCUUUGUAGGUUUUUAUGUGAGUAAUCCUAUUGCAGUGAAUUAUAUUGAAGUGUGUAUAUUAUACUUUUUCAGUACUUAGCUUUUUUUAUUGUUAUGAGUAACCCAAAUGUAGUGACUUAUAUUGAAGAGUAUAUAUGACAUUCUUUCAGCACUUACCUUUGUUAUCCUUGUUAAAGUAUUUUUCCUUCGUAAUUUUCCAUGUGAGUAACCAGUGAAAACUAAGUACUUACAUGAAAGAAAAAAGAUGUUUAGCUUUGUUUGCGUGAAAGAGCAGGAAGAUGAGCAAGAACAAGUGCAGUUUACAAUGAGAUUCUACAAACCAGCAAUGUUUUCAGAAUUACAUUUCUUUUCAACACUAGAGAAUUGGCAUCUAUGGCCAAAUUUUUUCCUUGAGCUCUGGAAUCUAUGUAUGAUUCUUGAGAAGGCUCCAUUUUAUCAGUAAAGCAAGAUAAUUGACAGGGGUCUUUCAUGACCAAAUAUUCUGUGUCAGAAAAGUAAGAUUGAAUUCUGUUUAUUAAAAUGCUAAAUUCGUAUCCUAAUGUUUACUUUUGAUAUGAAUUUGUAAGAAUUAUAAACUCUUCUCCUGUUAUUUUGUGUAAACAUGUUAAUAAAACUUAAUUGA